AUGGUCGAACCUCCCACGCCCGAUUUAUCACAUUUAAGUGCUGAGGAACGUCAAAUUAUUGAAGAAGUACUUCAACGACAGCGUGCUGAAGAAGAAAAAGAAACUCAACUUAGCCAGAAAGCUGAUCAAGAAUUAGAAGCUAUCGAAAAGCAAAUUAAUCAACGAAAAGAGAUCGCACAACGUCUUGUUGGGACACAAGAUGAUGCCAUUUGUCAAAUUUGUCAAAAAACUAAAUUUGCAGAUGGUAUUGGUCAUAAAUGUUUUUAUUGCCAAUUACGAUCAUGUGCUCGAUGUGGUGGACGUACAGCAAGUAGAAAUAAACCAAUUUGGGCAUGCUCUUUAUGUCAACAGAGGCAACGAAUUCUUGCAAAAACUGGCAAAUGGUUUCAACAAGCUGCAAUAGCUGAUGAAACAAAAGGAACGGCUAGUCCGGGAGAUAUCAGUCCAACAUAUUCGGCACCUCGAACACCAGUACCAUCAACAAGUCGUAAGAGUAGUGUGGUAAGUCCAACAACACGAACUAAUGGUCCAUAUUCGGCAGCUGUUGCUUCCGGAUCAAGCAUACAAACAUCAACAAUACCUACUAUUCCUUCUUCUGAUACUAAACAAUCCAUUCCGGUACAACAGGAACGAAUACAAACAAUGCGUAAACCAGUAAAUUCAUCCAUUAAACGACAAACGACACUUUUACGACAACCAUCUCUUAAGACGGAACGUCGAAAUGGUAUAACCGGAUCUGCAACAGAUCAUAUACAUGAUAACUCGAAACAACAUAAUGAUGAUGAUGAUGAAUAUUCAGCGGAUAGAUCGAUAAUUGUUGAAAAUUGCGAGCAAAUUAUAUCAUCAGAUUAUAAAUUAUCACCAGAAAUUAAACCAUCAAAUGCUGAAUGUAAUUAUACAAAAAUUAGGACUAAAAGUCCUGAAAAACUACGGCAGCAAUCUAGUAAAUCAUUUGAUGAUCAAAAUCGAAGGUAUCAAUCUCAACCGGAUGUUACAAUUCGUAACGAACGGCAACAAAAGAAUAUAGAUAGUGGUAUAGAACCGGAAAAGAAUACAUGCUCGACUGUUGUUGUUAAUGUAAGUUCGGGUGGUGGCGCAGAAUUACGACGUUCACGUAUCAUCCGUGAAAGUGAUCUCAAACGAAUACCUGCUACUACACCUGCUAUAACUGAGCAACAAGUUUAUCCGUUACCACCGGCAACAAGUAAUGUAUUUUCCGUGGGAAGGCGAAAAAUAAGACUUCCAAGACAACUUCAUUCGAUGUCUUCAUCAGAAGAUGAAUUACCAUCAACAUCAAAUGGUAAUAAUGACGAAGUAAUAGCACGAAUUGAUACUGAAAUUAGUUCUGAAAAAGAUAUCCUAAGGUAUAUUUAUGGUCCACAAAAAGUACGAAGUGGACAUAAAUGUUAG